GUCACUUGGCUAGGUGAAGGCGGUAUAGAAAGUUCGUAUGCUAUUGUUGAGUAUAUCGGAACCUUGCCUGCACUGGCUGCACAUGGAAAUUCGGUACAAAAAACAGAAUUCUUAAGAACUCCUGACUAUGUACUUGACGAUGUUCGUGACUUGUUGCCCAAAAUGCAUCCCCAACAAAUUUACGAGACGCUACAGUCAAAAUACGACGAGGUUACCAGACCGACGAGUAUCGCUCAGAUACGAGACAUAAAGAAAUAUGAGAACAAUACAGCCAGACAAGAUGGGCAAGGGCAUUGAAAAAACACGGCUGAUAAAAUAGUCGUUUUGGAAAACCUGGUUUCUAAUAGUGAUGAUUUUGUUCGCUCGGUCAUCAGGACGAAUGGAAAGACACCAUUCGUCGUUCUUUAUACAGACGAACAGCUGACGGAUAUAAAAAAUAUCUGCUGCACUGGAAAAUCGGUUUUGGGGAUAGACAAAACAUUCAACCUUUGCGACAUGCACGUAACAGUAACUUGCUUUAAACAAGUUUCUGUAACCCGGCCACAGACUGACAAACCACCAAUUUUCAUAGGUCCCAUGUUUCUUCACGACAAUAGCGACUUUGAAACAUAUUCUCAUUUUCUAUCUCAUCUGAAGACAAAACUGGACUCGACAAACACAAAACUUGAUCGACUUGUAAUUGGGUCAGAUGACGAGAGGUCAAUAGUCAAAGCCUCCAAGACGGUAUUUCACGACAGUACGCAUGUGCUUUGCACGCGUCAUUUACGCCAAAACACUAAACAUCGACUAACCGACGAUGCCAUCAACAAACAGUUGAGGAAUGAAAUUUUAGAUACUAUUUACGGUGAUGAUGGCAUCAUACAUGCAUAUGACGACAUCUGCUUUGAUCACCGAUGCGACCGUCUGGAACAGCAGUUGACAGGCGUAUCCAGCAAAUUUCUUGAUUAUUUCAAAUCAAAACUGAAGCCCCAGUUAAGAGAGUUUGUAAAUAGACCGAACCGGUUGGACUUGGUAGAUGACAACUGGACAAACAACAAUUGUGAGUCCAUAAAUCAUGUGCUAAAACAGUCAAUUGACUGGAAGACAAAGCCCUUGACUGAACUAGUGGAUACGCUACGAUCCAUAGUUAACCGACAAUAUCGGGACUUAAAGAGUGCACUGCUGGGCACUGGAGAAUACAGACUGUCUGAAAUGUUCCAGUCAUUAAAAGUUUCAAAAUCUGUUUGGAUUUCUAUGACGGACGGACAGAGAGACAAACACUACAAGAGGUUCCGGACGACUCUUUUAGAUUUGAAAGGUCUCAUAACCUCAACUGACACACAAACAACCAUAGUCGCACCAAAGACUCAUGGUAAAAAACCUAAUCAGCUCAAGCGAAAGGUCAAUGCUAAGACUACGACCAUCAAAAGAAAAAAGAAUGACUGAGCUUGCUUUUGCUUGACAAGUACACCGCGAAUCUCUUGUGUGUCGCGUGUGAACACGUGGUGAUAACUUUUCAAGUAAAAACUGUUAUGCAAUACAUGGUGGUAAGAUUUCGAGUAAAAACUGUUAUUCAAUACGUAAUAGGUGUUUAGAUAACAUUUUACAAUGUUUUCUUAUUUAUUUUAGAAUUUGCAAUGUAUAAUUUCAAAAAAUUAUAUGUAUAAUAUCAGAAAAUUAUACAAUGGAUUUACGCUUACAAAUAGUUCAUGCUAUAUUAAUCUUGAAGUACAUGUUAAUGUUCACUUGUUACAUACAUUGUCAAACUAUUUAAACCUUUUACAUCUUACAUGUUAUGUUAUCCUUCGGAAGUGCUAAACAAUUUAACAGCAGUUUCCAGAGUAUUACAUUUACCCGA